AUGCAACUGUUGGUGGUCAAACGGGAGAAGCUGGAGGCAGCGGUGAAGGUGGAAGCAGCGGUGAAGCUGGAGGCAGUAGCCAGCAUGCCAGUGGAAGACGUCGCUCUCGUGAUGAUGAUGGCAACGGAGGAAAUGGUGGGAAUGGUCAACGACGCAGUGCUCAGCGAGGCCGUCGCGAUUGAGGGGGAGGAGGAAAUGGAGGUGAUAAUUGAGAGAGAGGAUAUGACAUAAAUGAGGAUGAAAUUUUGAGAGAAUUGAAGAGAGAAGAUUACUUUUACAAAGUUAUUGGAAUGGAACGAAAUUUUCUU